GUUUCGACACGGACGCUACUUUACUUUUUCCGACUGAACUUAUCUCGCAUCGCGUGUGAUAAAUCCAAAAUAAAAUUAUUAAAAACUUAAAUCUUAAUUCUGGAAGUCUAUGUUUCUUUCUCAAUUAAUUUUCUUCUCGAACAUUUGCAAGACUUCCCAUUUGCAAAAACGGUUAGAUUAACUGGCAAAAAAGUCAACAAAUAUUCGCGUGUUGAAAACGAAAAAAUAAAUAUCGUUGAAUUUUUGUGUCAAAGUAUUAUAAAUAAAAACGGUCAAUAUAAACCCAACGAAAUCGAGUAUUUUUUUCGAAUUGGCCGUAAAAUUUGGCAGCCAUCCGGUUGUUACAGCGAAAAGAAAAGAAGAAAGAAAUUACGAUUGUGUGUGCUUUCUUCUUCUUCAGUGCAUCAUUGAUAUCAGCAAAAAAAAAAAUACAUUUUCGUGUGUCGCAAAUAAUUCGCAACCUCGCCAAGCCAGUUUACCUGCAAGUUGAAAAAAAAAUCGAAAAAGUGACGUAAACUACUUAAUACAAACAAAAACAAUCAUUUGUUUACCGUAUUAGGCCGAACGCAUGAAACCGAAUCAAAUUGUGCAAUUUUUUUACCAACACUCAAUUGCAUUAAAAUAUUAUAUCUUUUGUCUUCUAUUUUCCGUUCGAAACGUUUAUUAUUGUUUAUUGAUUGAUUGUGCUUGAUUUUUUAGUCCAUAAACGGUGUUAAAUUUCAUUUGUUGAAUCAUAAAAAUCGAUAGUUUUUUUUUGUGUGUAGUCAUCGUUAUUGUAGUGAUUCGCAACUUGCGGAUAAAAAAAGAGAGAAUAUUUGCGCGGUGUUGAACGGUUUUAUUAUCAUAUAAAUCAAUUUUUUUUGUUGUUAUUACAACCAUCGAAAGUGUUUCGUGUCGCGAAUUAUAUUCGUGUUAAGUUUAUGCUGGCGUAAAUGGUGUCAGUUGAGAUUCGUAGAUCGAGAGAAAGAGAUUUACUUAUGCAAUCAUAUACGGCAAGCGUAGCAUGAAAACGAACCUCAUGCCAUUCCAGUGUAUCCAACUAUAGACAAACAGACAGACAGACACAGUAUCAUAUUGGCGUUUGAACAUACGGUAAAAUUGACUUGAAUUUCUUUGCUACUGUCAACAAAAUUGCCGUUGUUGCUUAUUUUUCCAUCGACCAAUUCCAGUGCAGAAUAUUGUUACAUGACUUUUUCUUUAUGGUAUGUAUCAGAAGGAUUUGGACAUUAAUAGAAAUGCUUACACCAAAAAUGAAAAAAAGAUUGAACGACGAACCAUAUUUAAUCACAAGUUCCUCGAAAUCAAUUCAUGGUUGAACAACUGCAAUCAUUAAAGAUUUUGGAAAACAGCAUAGUGAAACUAUUAAAAAUUACCGGUAAAGUGUGAUCAUCUGUUGUGUAUCAGACAUGAAUUUAACACAAAAAUUAUCUUUAAUACCGCAUCUAUUCCAUAAUUAACACUCAACCAUCUGUGAAUAUACGUUAAUUCUUUUAGUUUUUUUUUUGUUGAAAUCAGUGAUUUUUGCUUGUGUUUGAGAUUAAAAAAAAUUGUGAUUUUAUUUCGAUAAAAAAAAUCCACCACAAAUGUUGAUCCGAAAAUUUACACUUGAAUAAAACAAAAAAUACAAUUUAAAAAAAAUCAUAAAAUAACAAGAAGGCAUUUAAAAUUGUCACAAAUCUCUCCAAAAAGAAAAAUACAGAUAAAGUGGUCUGUAUUUGAUCUGGGUGAUAAUGUUGUUUUCAAAUUUCUUAGAUAAUGUACCAAAAAAAUUUAGUGAAUUUGCCGAUAGUGUAUCGAUAGAGAGAUGUUAUCAGAGCAUGUCACAGCAACUGAAGUCGCUAACAAGUGACAGAAAUGCAACAUUUGACCAAGGUCAAUGUGCUGCACAAGCAAAACAUCGUAAUCACAAUCGAACAAGAUGGAAAGGUCGCCGCCUAUACCACACACACCAAUCAGAUAUGUCGACGACGAAGCGACUGCCACAUCAAAAGAUCGCCCAUCAACAACAACGAACACUAAUGCCGCACUCAUUUAAUGCGGUCAUUUUGUUUUUUAUCGUACUGUUAUCACAUGACCAAAUGACAACAGUGAAUGGUGCACGUAGCAGGGAUAGUUUUAAUAGUAUUUAUCAUAAUAAUAAUAGUGUAAAUAAUAUUUCAAAUGCUGAUUCGAAAGCUUCAGUAGAAAGAGCAACUGCUUACGAUACGAAUGUUGUGAAUCAAAUCGGUGACGAAUUGCCAAUUAUUGACAUUGAAUACUUUAGUAAUGUAACGGAUGAUGCUGAAUUUGAGAGAUUUCUUAGCAAAAUUGAGAAUGGCAACAGUGGUGGUCGUAAAUUGAAACGUCCGCCAAUCUAUCAAAACGAAUUUGCCGUCUACAUUCCAAAUGGCGUAAACAUAGCCGACAGCAUUGCGGCCAAACAUGGAUUCAGCAACAUGGGACAGAUUGGCAGCCUGAAGAACUAUUAUCUAUUUCAUCAUAGUCAUGUGUCGAAACGUUCAUUAACCCAUAACGAAGAACAUCAUGGCACAUUGAACGCAGAACCGGCGGUUCAUUGGUUUCAACAGCAACAUGAGAAAGUGCGCAAGAAGCGUGAUUAUACGAACAAUUUUUACAAUUAUCAGAAAUUUGGAUUGCUCCGUAGCAUCGCUCCCAAUUCCCGCAUUCAAUAUCGACAAGUUGGUGAACCACUCUUUUUUCCCGAUCCAUUCUUCAAAGAGCAAUGGUAUUUGAAUGGUGGCGCCAAAGAUGGCUUGGAUAUGAACGUCGCACCAGCAUGGCAAAAAGGGUAUACAGGAAAAGGCGUUGUUGUUUCCAUUCUCGAUGACGGCAUUCAAACAAAUCAUCCGGAUCUAAUUCAAAACUAUGAUCCGGAUGCAUCGUACGAUAUCAACGGCAAUGAUUCAGAUCCAAUGCCUCAGGACAACGGUGAUAAUAAACAUGGAACACGAUGUGCUGGCGAAGUAGCUGCCGUGGCUUUUAACAGCUUCUGUGGUGUAGGUGUAGCUUACAAUGCCAGCAUUGGAGGCGUUCGUAUGUUAGACGGCAGCGUAAAUGAUGCGGUCGAAGCAAAAGCGCUCGGUUUGAAUCCACAUCACAUCGAUAUUUACAGUGCAUCUUGGGGCCCCGAAGAUGAUGGUUCAACGGUUGAUGGACCGGGUCCGUUGGCACGGCGUGCAUUUAUCUAUGGUGUAACAAGCGGUCGUCAAGGCAAAGGAUCAAUUUUCGUAUGGGCGAGUGGUAAUGGUGGUCGAUACACAGAUUCAUGCAAUUGUGAUGGAUACACCAACUCAAUAUUCACACUAUCGAUAUCGAGCGCAACACAAGGCGGAUUUAAGCCAUGGUAUUUGGAAGAAUGCUCAUCAACAUUGGCUACGACAUACAGUUCGGGUACUCCUGGCCAUGAUAAAAGUGUUGCUACGGUUGACAUGGAUGGAAGAUUGCGUCCAGAUCGAAUCUGUACGGUUGAGCACACUGGAACAUCGGCAUCGGCACCACUUGCAGCUGGCAUAUGUGCAUUAGCAUUACAGGCCAAUCCGGCACUAACAUGGCGUGAUUUACAAUAUUUGGUGGUAUUAACAUCGAAAGCAGAACCAUUGGAAAAGGAAAGCGGUUGGAUUGUCAAUGGUGUACAACGAAAAGUAAGCCAUAAAUUUGGCUACGGUCUAAUGGACGCUGGUAAAAUGGUCAACUAUGCAGAAGAUUGGAUUCCGGUUCCAUCACAACACAUUUGCAAAUCUCGGGAAAUAAAUGAGGAUCGUCGAAUUGAUGGUUCCGUUGGUUAUACAUUGGAAACGCAUAUGGAUGUUAACGGUUGUGCUGGUACACUGAACGAAGUUCAAUAUUUGGAGCAUGUUCAAUGCAAAAUAACUCUACGUUUCUUUCCUCGCGGUAAUUUACGGAUACUGUUGACAUCACCAAUGGGCACGAUUAGCACACUAUUAUUUGAACGACCUCGUGACGUUGUCAAGAGUAAUUUCGACGAUUGGCCAUUUUUGAGUGUACAUUUCUGGGGUGAAAAGGCUGAAGGACGUUGGCGAUUGCAAAUUAUAAACGGUGGCCGACGACGUGUUAAUCAGCCGGGCAUUUUAUCAAAAUGGCAAUUGAUCUUCUAUGGCACCCAAACAAAUCCAAUUCGAAUGCGAAGCGAACAAAGUCGUUAUGCACAUCCAAGCCCAACGGAAUCCGAAUUUACGCCACCCAUUCAACCAAUCAACUACAAUUACAAUCCAGAUCUGUACACAUAUUAUCCGGGUGUAUUUAGUCCAGCGGCAAGUAAUCCAGAACAGGCAAUCACCACACUUGAUGGUCACAAUAUUCCGAUUCCACAACGUGAAAAUGUCAUGGCCGAUUCAAAUAAUAAAAUUGUCUUGCACGAUUGUGAUCCCGAAUGCGAUCAACAAGGAUGCUAUGGACGUGGACCAACACAAUGUGUUGCCUGCAAACGAUAUCGUCUUGACAAUACAUGCGUUAGUCGUUGUCCACCUCGCAGUUUUCCAAAUCAGGGCGGAGUUUGUUGGGCUUGUCAUGAAAGUUGCGAAACAUGUGCAGGCGCUGGUCAAGAUUCGUGCAUUUCGUGUGCACCAGCUCAUUUGCAUGUCGUAGAUUUGGCAGUAUGCUUACAAAUUUGCCCCGAUGGAUAUUAUGAAAAUUAUGAGAAUAAAACAUGUGUACCGUGCGAAGCAAAUUGUGCUUCAUGUCAGGAUCGUCCGGACUAUUGUGUGAGCUGUGAGCACCACUUAGUCAUGCACGAGCAUAAAUGCUAUUCAGCCUGUCCGCCGCACACCUACGAAACGGAGGAUUAUCAUUGUGCAUCGUGUCAUUCAUCGUGUAUGACGUGUAAUGGUUCAUCGGAAACGCAGUGCAUAACAUGUCGUACCGGACGUUUUGCUUUUGAAGGGAAAUGCUUGAAUAACUGCCCAACGGGUUAUUAUGGUGAUAAAAAGCGUCAAGAAUGUAUGCAAUGUACAACCGGAUGCGAAACCUGCACCAAUAACGGAUUCUGCUUGACAUGCAAAGAAAAUUGGAUCAAAAAUAAAAAGAAUCGUUGCAUUCUUAACGGAAGUGAUAAUUGUGAUGAAUCCGAAUAUUAUGAUAAUGGACAUUGUCAUGCCUGUCAUUCGACAUGCGAAACGUGCGACGGACCAACCGAAAACGAUUGCUUAACAUGUGCAUCGCCUUUGCUUCGUAAAAAUAAUAAAUGUGUAAGUACCUGUGAUGAUGGCUACUAUAUGGAAGCUGGUGUUUGUGCAAAAUGCUUACACACUUGCACCCAAUGUGUAUCACGAAUGAACUGUACGGCCUGUGCAAAAGGAUUGCAAUUACAAAGCGGAGAAUGUCGUACAACGUGCGCUCAAGGGUACUACAGUGAUCGUGGAACAUGCUCAAAAUGUUACUUGAGUUGUGCAACAUGCAGUGGACCGAGACGCGAUCAGUGUGUGACCUGUCCAAAAGAUUGGCAAUUAGCCAGCGGUGAAUGUCAUCCGGAAUGUCCAGAGGGUUUCUUUAAAUCGGAAUUUGGUUGCCAAAAGUGUCAUCAUUAUUGUAAAACGUGUUCAGGCGCUGGUCCACUUUCCUGCACUUCAUGUCCUGCCCAUUAUAUGCUUGAUGGUGGUUUAUGUAUGGAGUGCUUGGGUUCACAAUUCUACGAUCCAAUGACUCAAACAUGUAAAACGUGCCAUGAAUCGUGCCGAUCAUGCAGUGGUCCUGGUCAAUAUUCUUGCGUUGCAUGUGCAUUUCCAUUGCAUUUAGAUCGACUGAAUAAUCAAUGUGUGCCUUGUUGUCCAACCGGUGGUGCUAUGCCCGACGAUCAGUCUUGUUGUCAUUGUGACAAGGAUACAGGUGGAUGCAUAAAUGGUAAAAUCAUGGCGGGUAAGCGUCGCAUUGCCAACGGUAUUGAGGAGCAACAAUUCAGCGACGACAGUAUGUUCGGAAUUAGCGGAAAACUGAACAACGAUGGAAAUGGAAACAAUGGAUUUGGUCACAUUACACCAGCAACAACAGCAAUUACAGCAAUUGCUCUCGCAGCAUGUAUAUUGAUCAUUUCAGUAUUCGCCAUAGUCGUUGUUGUAUUACAGAAAAACACGAAAAAUCGAACCCACACCAAUGUUAGAUAUAACAAAUUGUCAAUGGAUACACCACUGAAUGCACAAAGUCAUCGAACGCACCGAACAACCAACACGCUUAUCGUAUCAGCCGAAGAAAAUUUGAGCCAACCAAUGCUAUCGUACAGUGAUGAAGUGACUGACGACGAUGACAGGGAAGACGAUACAACCAGUAUCAAUAUCAACGAAUCGAAAACCGAACGGAUACCAUUCCAUACAAAUACAUAGGAAUCGAAAUUGGAAAACCACACACACACAUUGAAUGAAUGAAAGCUUAUUUUAGCUUUCCGAUCUAUUUGUACAUAUUCACAUUAAUUCUGGAAUUUUUGCCGAGAUUGCUCGAAAGAAGAAGCAGAAGAAAACUUACCAUAUAUGUAACUACUCCUUAAAUACUUAAACGUUCAAAGAAAAAAAAAGAAUUAACCAACUAAAACUAAAUACUUUUUCUCUGUGUUAGCCUAAAGCUGGUUUGUUUCUUUUUUUUACCAAUCCCAAUCCUCUGUCCUUUUAACAAACCUUCAGAUGCAUUUUAAUCAACUAUUUUUUUUUUUCGAUUUCAAUCUGUUGAUAAGUGAGAUAAAUUAAGACUCAAAUUCAGUACAGAUACAAAAGACCGCAGAUCUUUUAGAUUCUAAUUUUAGUUUAAAAUUCUCUUAUUAAAUUUUUAAUAUAAAUUUGUGUUGUGUGAAAUGGUAAAAUGCCAGACGGUUAAACAGCAAAAUCUACAUGGAAUGUUUCGUUGAUUUUGAAAUCGACACCCGAUUUCAUUUUAAAAUUUACCGUUUUAACGUCUGACGUCUUAACAUACACCAUGAAUUGACUAUAAAAUUAGGAAAAUUUUGAUACAACAAAUGUAUGAAAUGCGAAUGUUAAUUAUAUAUAUUCGUAAAGUUUAUUUUAUUGUUUUGUUUGUGUUUUUUAUUUUCUUCUGCGAGCGAUCGCAAGAGAGCGAAAGAAAUGAAUGAAUCUUUUUAGUGACGAACAAAUUUUAAUAUUCGAUCAAAAAAAUAGUUUACUGUUUAUGUUUCACAAAACUAAAAAUACACGAAAAAUGCCGUCUAAAUGCAGCUAUUAUACAAAUCUAACGGCGAUGAUAAGUGUAAUGUAUGGAAAUAUUUGAUGUUAAAAAUUGAUUGAAUUUAAAAUCAAUAACUGAAUGAACAAACCAGAAUAUUUUAUAUAUGAAAGUGAAGGAGAUAAAAAAAAUCACAAAAAUAUAUACACAUAUUACAUUAGAUAUAUACAUAAUUGAAAAAAAAAAAAUGAAGAAAAAAAACAAUGAUUAUGAAGAUGAAGUAAAGCCAUGAUGUUUUAUAUAUAUAUACGAGGGUUAAAAUCGUUUGUAAUCAUAA